AUGACAAUAUGCAUUCGGUAGAGCCGCAUCGAGCUGCAUUGAGAUGUUUUCAACGGUUCUGGCUACAGUUGGACGAAGGUUGCAGCAUCUUUCGUGUAAUCAGUGUAUCGUGCGGUCUCUCGUCUCUUCGAGACCGUCGGGACGCUUUAAGACGCCGCGUGUGUCUCUUUAAUCAAGUCCGAUCACAUGGUCCAAAAAAUGACUAUGAAAUUCAGUCGUCGUUCAUCAGGUUAACAAUGGCGACGGCGACGGCGACAGCAACAGCGGCAGUGACGGUGGAAGCACUGGCUGGCGGUCACUUUGAACCAUCUUGGACCGUAGAGAUCAUCCCCACUUGGCAUCAAAGCUGUGCCGCACCGCAGUCGCAUCCACCGUCGUCACAUUAAAAGUUGCGUCUUAUCUUUUCGCGU